AUGAUAGGGAAGAUCAUUGAGCUGUUAAGCAUUGUUGAAGAUCUCUUAGAAUUUCGUGCUUUAUUAUUUAUCCCAAAACGUUCACCCUUUGAUUUAUUUGAAAAUUGUAAAACAAAAAGUUCGAUUCAACUUUAUAUUCGUCGUGUAUUUAUCAUGAAAAAUUGUAAAGAGUUAAUAUCAGAAUAUUUAAAUUUCAUCCAAGGCGUUGUUGAUACUGAAGAUUUACCACUGAAUAUAUCACGUGAAACAUUACAAUAA